CUGACGAAGGCUUGUGAGGCUGAGAAGACAAAUUGCCCUCAUCAUUAUCUCCAGGCUUGUCAAUCAAACAUAUUCCCUUAUUUACCUCGGCGAGGAGAGAGCCCCGGGAGCACACGGAGAGGGAGGGAGCGAGAGGAGAGCUGCCUGCUCCGAACUCCGCACCGGGGAGGGAGCAUUGCCAGCCCCUUGGGAUGGCCACCAUCACCUGCAACCGCUUCACCGAGGAGUACCAGCUCUUUGAGGAACUGGGCAAGGGUGCUUUCUCUAUUGUCCGGAGAUGUGUGAAGGUGUUGGCAGGACAAGAGUAUGCAGCCAAAAUCAUCAACACCAAGAAGCUGUCUGCCCGAGACCACCAGAAGCUGGAGCGAGAGGCUCGGAUCUGCCGCCUCCUGAAGCACCCCAACAUCGUGAGGCUCCAUGACAGCAUCUCUGAAGAGGGCCACCACUACCUGAUAUUUGACCUGGUCACUGGUGGGGAGCUGUUUGAGGACAUCGUGGCCAGAGAGUACUACAGCGAAGCGGAUGCCAGCCAUUGCAUCCAGCAGAUCCUGGAAGCUGUCCUGCACUGCCACCAGAUGGGAGUGGUCCACCGGGACCUGAAGCCUGAGAACCUGCUGUUGGCCUCCAAACUGAAGGGGGCUGCUGUCAAACUGGCUGACUUCGGUCUCGCCAUUGAGGUGGAGGGAGACCAGCAAGCCUGGUUUGGUUUUGCUGGCACCCCAGGAUACCUCUCCCCUGAGGUGCUCCGCAAGGAUCCCUAUGGCAAAGCUGUGGACCUGUGGGCUUGUGGCGUCAUCCUCUACAUCCUGCUGGUUGGGUACCCACCAUUCUGGGAUGAAGACCAGCACCGCCUCUACCAGCAGAUCAAGGCUGGGGCUUAUGAUUUCCCCUCCCCUGAGUGGGACACUGUCACUCCCGAAGCGAAAGAUCUUAUCAACAAGAUGCUGACCAUCAACCCAUCCAAACGCAUCACGGCAGCGGAGGCUCUGAAGCACCCCUGGAUAUCGCACCGCGCCACCGUGGCCUCAUGCAUGCAUAGACAGGAGACGGUGGAUUGCCUGAAGAAGUUCAACGCUCGGAGGAAGCUAAAGGGAGCCAUCCUCACCACCAUGCUGGCCACCAGGAACUUCUCCGGAGGCAAGAGCGGUGGCAACAAGAAGAAUGACGGCGUGAAGAAAAGAAAGUCCAGUUCCAGCGUUCAGUUAAUGGAAUCGUCGGAGAGCACCAACACCACCAUUGAGGAUGAAGACACCAAAGUACGGAAGCAAGAAAUCAUUAAGGUGACAGAGCAGCUGAUCGAAGCAAUAAGCAACGGCGACUUCGAGUCCUACACGAAGAUGUGUGAUCCCGGGAUGACUGCUUUUGAGCCUGAGGCUCUGGGGAACCUUGUGGAAGGCCUGGAUUUUCACCGAUUCUACUUUGAAAACCUGUGGUCCCGGAACAGCAAGCCUGUGCACACGACCAUCCUGAACCCCCACAUUCACCUGAUGGGAGAUGAGUCUGCCUGCAUCGCCUACAUCCGCAUCACGCAGUACGUGGACGCAGGGGGCAUCCCCCGCACUGCCCAGUCUGAAGAGACCCGCAUCUGGCACCGCCGGGAUGGCAAAUGGCAGAUUGUCCACUUCCACAGAUCUGGCGCGCCCUCUGUCCUACCGCAGUAAGCCCUCUGAAGUGUGGUACGGCCCGUGCUGGAUUUGUCACUGACUGACUGCCAGGGGAGACCUUCCAACUCUUCACCUACAGGAUUUUGGCUGUUGGCUCUGCUGCUUGGUUCCUGCUGGAAUAGCUCCUCGCUUCUCACUGCACACAUGCAACGGCCUCAGCGGCACCUACAAACAUCCCGUCUCCAUCCCCUUUCACCAGGACCCCUUCCUCUGCAUGAACGAAGAAAAGAAAAACCAUGAACCUAAAUCUGAGCACUUGAUACCUGCCAGGGCAAAAGGCCCCCCUACAGCCCUGCAGUCCCAUACAUCCCACAGAUUGGGACAGGACUCUUCAUCCACCUCCAUUGCCACUUCUGCUGGCAGCUCCCCAAAGAAGAGGAGGUUGUGGGGAGCUGCUCUGUGCCACACACCCUCCGCACGCUGGUGGAUUUUGCCUUGCUGCUAUCAAGGUCCCUGCCCGCUGCCCUGAGCUCAUGCAUCCCGGCAGCCUCAGCUGGGGAACCUGGGUUUUAAACCAUUUGCAAAAUUCAGCUUCUGUGCAUCUUGGGUGAGGAGGGGAAUACGUGGAUGGGUGAGUAAAGGUGUCCUGGUGUUUUCUCUUCCCAGGAGGGUAAGUAGAUUUGCGCCUUGGCAAGCUACCAGGAUGUUCUCUCUCCUUUCUCCCCUCUCUCCUGGGAGCGGGGACUGGCAAAGCUGGGAGAACAGAGGAGAAAGAUGACCUCUGUCUAUCACCACC